AUGAAUCGUUCUGUCAGUCACCUCACGGUAUAUAUUAUACAAUGUCAUAUUACUAUGCUGCCAUAUGGUAUAAAUAUAUGUCUACAGUAAGAAAUAUAUUACUAAAACAUUAUAAAUAAAUAUGUUAUAAGUAAUUGCACUCGUGAUCGAAUCCCUUAAACUCAAGGAUUUCAUUCUUAUUUUAUUCUUUGGUUUUCAUGUUUUGUAUUUAUAGAAUGAUUGUUAGUAGUGUAAUUAAACGUUUAUAUAAAACAAAUGAAGAAUUUAUAUUUUCUUAGCGAUAUUACUUCGAAUAAAAAGGAAUUCCAUGUAGAAACGGACGGAUAAUUUUAAAUUUCCCGCAACUGCGUUCUAUAUUUGAUGUAGGACAGGAAACGUUUCAUCCAGAUGGCGCUUUAGCUAGCCAAAUUAUCCUGUAGUUUGUAUAACUAGCAAUGAAUGAUUUAGCGAUCGAUAGCCGUUGAUGAGAGGAGUAUGAACUUCUGACUACAGUUCAACAUAACCUCACUUUUGCAAUGUCUAACAUUUUUUAGAAGUUUUUUUAAGACAUGUGUGAAGUAUACAAUACUGUAUUUUUGUACGCUUCGUGAUUGUCAUUGAAGUGUUCAGUUUCUACUUCCUUCUCACACAUUGUAAUUAUUAUAUGUAUAUGUAUAUAUAUACGUCUAUAUUUUGAGGUUAUGAAUGACUCUCGUGCAUUGUUUAUAAGGAAAUACAUUUUCAUUUUAAGUGUACGUAGGAUUUGCCGUACAAAUUUGUGUCGACUUAGCAAGCAACUGCAUAUUACAUUAAUAUUCCUAUAUUGCUAAUUUAAUUUUCACAUUUACAGAUAUUUUUAUUAUCUAUAAUAUAUAUAACUUAUGUUUUAUUAUGAAGCGACGUCAAAGAAGGCCUGUUUUAGAACUUAAUCAGUCGCAACCUGGUUCUUAUGGAGAACAUUUACAAAGUAAGAACAUAUAUUGUUCAAAGAAUUAUUAUUAUUAUUAUUAUGUCUCUAUUUCUAAACUGUUGCAACAGUCCAUCCAAUUGAAUGUACAUUACAGUAGUAUUCAUUGAAUUCUAUAGUAUUCAUUUUAUUAAUAAAAAAUUUUAUAAUUUUUUAAUUAUAAUUAAUAAAACAAGAUUGUUAAUGAAACCAUGUACAUAGAUCAAAAUUUUGUACAGUGUGUCUUUUCAUUGAACUUUUUAGACAAACACAAACAUGUAAAUAACGAUUAUCCCGGACAGAAUGUACCUGCAAAUCCACUGGCAAAUUUACUUUGUCACUACAAUUCAGAUAGUGAUACUGAAGAUUCAAAGAAAGAUUGCAAAUUAAACGAUCAAGUAAAUAAUUUUUUUAAAGAAAUUCAACUGAUUGCACCCAAACAAUCAGUCUCAAAUGAACCUAACAAUGUUAUCCUAACAGCAAACUCAAAUAAUCGCUUAACACAUAUAAAUCAACAGGCACUCAUGUGGAGAGAAUGUUUAGAUGAAUCUUCAGGUUAUCCUUACUAUUGGCACAUUGAGACUAAUGAAGUAACAUGGGAAAUGCCAGAUGAACUACGGUACUUAAAAAACAACGUAUGAUCCCACGGGAAGUGGUGGCACGAAAUCGUAAUAGGUAUAUCUGCAAUGAGACCAUGCAGAAACAAGAGUCCCAAACUGAUCAAGAUACCGCAAAUACAUCUGAUACAAUGGACAACGAUUCCGAUGAUGGAAAAAUAGAAAUGAUCACAUCCUACGGGAGUGACGAAAGUGAUUCAGACACAGCAGAUGAAAAUCGGUCAAAGAACGAUACGAAGGAAACUUUAGUGAAAAGUGCAAAUAAAACGCCAAAAUCAAGAUGCUCUAAAAAGUCGUCUGCGCCGAUUCCUAUGAUGCAACCACAGUUGAUGCAACCAAUUUCUCAGAAUCUAAAUCAGAUAUAUGAAAGCAAAGAAGAAUCGGUAAUAAAACCGGGAGAUUCGAAACCAGCCGAAGAUACAGAGACAAAGUACUUAAAAAACCAAAUCCAAGAUGCGAUUCAAAGGGUUGACUGUACGGACAAAGCUAAUAGUGACAACCGAUUGAUAAAAGAAUUCGUGCCAAAAAAGAACAGUAAUAAACAUAGCAUUAACUCUGACGUGGAUUUUAGCAUUUCUUUGGUGCCUGGUUACGACGAAGAUUCAGAUGUUGAAGAAGAAUCCGAAGUGAAACAGGAGAGGAAAGCCCUAUUUCCAAUUCCCCAAAUCGAAGAAACUACCGAAAAUGUGUCAUUGCGUAAAAAUACAAUUGACGACGAUCACGUAGCAGACAAUAACAAUAGCGAAAUUAAUAGCGAAAGAAAAACUGUGCAAGAACAAGAUACUGAAAAUAUUUUGGAAAGAUUGGAAUGUAAAGAUGACUCGAGUGCCAAGACAGAAGAAGAUACGCAGAAGGGAAACAAAUUUGUCGAUAAUUUACAUGGUCGAAAUAAAUUUUUCCAGAGGAAGAAACGUAUUGCUUUCGAUGUUCCAUCUACGAAAGUGAAAGCAAAUAACGAUGAAACGAGUAAAAUGGAAGUGGAGACGCAACGGGAUGAAAUGAACUCUUGCGAUGAGCAUCCUAACGAAUCUCAAGCUGAUCAGCAGGAAGAAACGAGCACAGGGAACGAGAUCGCGGAAGAAAAUAUUCCAACUUGCAAAGAUGAAUCGGACAGUACGGAGGAAGAAACAAACACGCCAGAAGCGAAUGCUGAAUCCAAGGAAGAUGAAAGAGAGGUUAAUCUACUCGCGCAGAUCAUACUUGAGAAACUGAAGUUUCUAUCGGAAGGAAAACCAAGUGUAUCACCAGUUCAACUGAUGUCUAUUCAGCUACAAACGUUGUUUGUCGCGUGGGAAGCAGGUUGUUUAGAAAAAAGUUACUUGCGUAGAUGGUUGAGUGACACCAGUCACGAAUUGGAACGUUUGGAACAAGAUGCAGCACCACCCGGAUGGCUAUGUCAGUGGGAUAGGUCGCAUAAGCGAUAUUAUUACCAGAACACUACCACUGGAGUUACACAAUGGACGUAUCCGGACACUGGCAUCGCCGGUGGAGCCGAAGAGAUGGAAAUUUGCUCCACGCCUCCUCCAACGGAGCAAGAAGAGAUUGUUAUCCCUGAAGAAGAAGGACUGAGAUCAAAGACAAAGAAAUCGGAAGGUGGAGAGACAACUGAGGACAUUCCAAGGAAUAGUGACAUAGAGGCUCCACCUCCACCCCAAAUUUCAAAUCCAAGCCCGCCUCCGCCGCCUAGAAUUUACGCGGAGGACUUGAAGAGGGACAAGAGGAAACAAGACAAGUGUAACGAGAACUUAAAUGAAAAGAAACAACGACUGGGAGACGAGGGGACAGCCAUGGUGGAAAUGAAACAGCUAGAAAAUUCUGUUGCGCCAUCCUCUGCCUUGCUGUCGCCUCAACCUGCUAAUCUCGCAAAUGUAACCAGCGCGGAACCCCUGCCACCGGGUGUAGAUUUGACGGAAGCACCUUACGAAAUACCUGCCUUGAAGAGAAUUAUUUAUGGUGCGGUGCAAUCACAAGGUGGCACACUUUACGACGCAGCUGCAAGAGAUCCAACAGUUCCUAUUCUAAGUCAUCCAGCUAUAGUACAAGAACAUUAUCUUCAAUAUCCAGCAUAUCAACACUUACACGCUCCAGCGGCCUUAGUACUUCCACAUAAGCACAAUGUGCAGACUGCGAUUCAGCUAAUACCUGACUAUACCCCGAUAUAUACAAAUCAUAAAAUUAUCGAAAAGCCACCGGUUAAAACAGCGAAAGAGUCUUUGGUGUCCGCAUUAGAUUCAUUUUACAGUGAUAUCGCGCGAAUAGAAAAUGUUGGAAUGGAGAAAGCCCCUCAGAGACAAGACAAUAGAGACACCGCAAUAGUGGAACCGUCUUCCUUACCAACAGAAGAAGUUAAAAUUGAAACGGAGCAAGAACCUGUUCCUGUUGAAGCUUUUGUGAAAGAAAAAAAGAGAAAAAGGGAAAAUAUAAUGAACGUUUCAAGUACUGGUAAUAAAAACCAAGUUUUGACAUUAAAGGAAAAACUCACGCUGAAUCAGGAAUUAAUUAAUCCUUGUUUUCAGGAAUAUAAUAUUAGUGCAAAAUGUCUAGAAAACAAUAAAUACGAUUAUGAUAAAUGUACUCUACAGUUCGAAAACUACAAAUAUUGCAAAAAAUUUUGGGGAAAAAUAAUUUUCGAUAGAAAGAUAAAAAAUAUAAAACCUUAUGUCCCUUUACCCGAAGAACGAGAGAAAAUAAAACAAGAGUAUUUUCAAUCCCAACAAAAGUAACACUAUUUUUAUAUAAUUUUAUAAUAGAUUGACA